UAGUAAAAAAUUAUUCAAAGCGCCUCCCAAUGAAUUCAAUAGUAAAAAAUUAGUAGAUUGGAAGCGCCUCCCAAUGAAGCUGGUAGAACAAAUAGUCCGAUCAUUAUCGACCACCCAACUACCACUAGCACGCAGCAAUCGAAGGAUCCAAAUUUACAGUCAAAACCUAAGGCACGGUAGAAAAAUGCUCGGUCUCAAAACGUCAGGACCUGCACCUCCACCACCUUGCUCUCACUUCUUAUCCCCCAAUCCUACCACCGCUACUUUUCGCCAUUUCAAGCCUUAUUCCUCAUUUCGUUCUAUCAAAAUGUCAGCUGAACAAAUCGUCGAACACGUUGUGCUCUUCAAAGCCAAGCCUGAUGUUGACCCUUCAAAGCUUAGCGCCAUGGCCAACAACCUCAACAGCUUAACUUCUCUCAACCAAGUCGUUCACCUCUCCGCUGGUCCGCUCAUUCGCGACAGAUCUUCCUCUUUCUCCUUCACUCACAUCCUUCAUUCUCGGUACAAGUCAAAAUCUGACUUGGCCGAUUACUCUGCGCACCCCGCCCACGUCAGUGUCGUGAAGGAAUACGUGUUGCCGGUGGUUGAUGACAUCAUGGCCGUCGAUUGGAUUCCGACUGAUUUCUCCGGCCCGAGUGAGGUCCCGCCUGGUUCGGCGUUGAGAGUGACGUUUCUUAAAUUGAAGGAGAAUUUAGGGGAAAAUGAGAAAUCACAAGUUUUGAGUGCUGUUGGAGGAAUUAAAGAGAAAUUCCCUGGGAUUGAACAGUUGACUGUUGGGGAGAAUUUUUCUCCGGGUAGGGCGAAAGGUUUUUCGAUUGCUUCCAUUGCGGUUUUCAAGGGAGUGAAUGAAUUGGAAGCUUUGGAGUCGCAAACUGAGCUGGCAAAUGAGCAGAAAGAGAAGGUUAGGGAUUUUCUGGAUGGUGUUGUUGUGGUAGAUUAUGCUGUUCCUCCUACUCAAUCAGCUAGCCUUUGAGUAAAUAUCAGCAAGUGAGGUUAUUCUUGCCUCUAACUGAAAGUCAAUUUGCCUUUGUGCUUAAAAAGCUUAGUAAAUUUACUUUGUUGGGGUGUGACUAUGAUUUGCGUUUAAACAUGGCUAAUAAAUUCAGUUGUCCUUCGUUGUUGAAAUGCAUUUCUUUUUGCAUCUUGAACUUUUGCAAAGGUGUCCUUUUUAUAGCCUCUUUAUAAUAACAUUUUACAUGCUUUUCAUUC